CUCUCUUGUGGUUCGUAAACUCUAUCGAGAGAGAGUCUGAAAACAAAAGUAUUCUUAUUUGUCUUAUUUUAACGAGAAGCGUAUUGCUGAGUGAUAAGUAAUCGCAUACGCAGUGCGGUCGCUUUUCGUGAACUAGGAUUUCAUUCAAUUUCGUUCAAACGCUUUUAUUUCUGAGGAUGCGAGAACGGCGGUUGACUUUUACUUUGAAAGACGCAGCGCCCCUGCGUGGAGGACGUACGUGUUCCUACGUAACGUCUUGCUCGCGAGUUUGUUUUUGUGCCGGCAGCGCGCAGGGGAAGAGCUCUCUUUUCCCGGCUCUACCUCCAGACUGCUUUGCUGUCGGUGUAUAUGUUGCGUUUAACGUUUUCAGAAGAGACAAUGAAGUAAUUGCUGCAAUAAUUCGUAGACUGGCCUCGAGAGUAUGUCGCUUUUUCAGACACAGUUAUCCUCCAUCAUGGAGAUACUGGUGCAAACGGCCUUGACUGAGAUGAGGAAAGUUGUCGCUGAGAGCUGUGGCGCGUUAGCGCAACGUCUGGAAAAGUUUCAGCGCCAUUAUGAAAAUAAAUCAGCAAAGCUGGAAACGCCAGUAAUAGAAAGCGAGCUCAGAGAAUCAUUAGCGUCCCUGUGCGAGCUGUGGAUGAGCCAGUUUUCCUCCAUGAUGGGUGUUCUGGCCCAGGAAGCAGUGAAUAAAAUUUGCAGUCUUGUUGCUAAGGAGUCUAGCACAUUGCAUUUGGAAGUGGCACAGAGACAGAAUGAAAAUGAAGCAUGGAAAAGGAAAGCGCGGCAAAUGGAGCAGGAGCUGAGGAUUGCAGAAAGAUGUGGAGAUAAUCAAGCAGCACAUCAAGAGAAAAGCCUCACUGUUACACUUCAGGUUGAGGAUGAAUUAAGACAAGUGAAAAAAGUUCCUUUCCACAUUGUUUCAGAGGAGGAAUGUUCUGACAGCAUUAGUCAAGGGAGACAUAUGGAGUCUCUCCCUGUAGUGGAGGAAGAUGUGACAUUGCAGUCUGUCGUACUUAUGGACAAGUUUCAAGAUAUGAAGGACAGGAUUGAGUCUGUUAUCAUCAAGGAAGAAGGUCUUGAGGAAUGCUUGGAGAGCUGUGUCCUUGAGGAAGGGCUGCACAUUAGUGCAGAAGGGGUUGUAGAACUUUGUACUCAAACUGGGGAGAACCAACCUCCAGUUGAACAAGACUGUUGCAUCUCUAUAGAAGUCACAGAAGAAAACACACGGCGCAAGUGUGCAAACUCAGAUUUUGACGUUAAACAUAGACAUGGUGUCAAGACUUUCAGGAAUACAAAAUAUAGUGUAAAAACAGGCCAUAGAGGGGGUAAGGUAAACAGACAGUACAGUUGUGUACAGUGUAAGAAGAGUUUUGGAAGGCUUAUUAAUCUAAAAGCACAUCAAGUAAUUCAUGCAGUAGAGAAACCAUUUACCUGCACACAAUGUGGAAAGAGUUUUGCAAUGAAACAAAACCUUAAACUACACCUGCUACUUCACACAGGAGAGAAACCAUUCAGUUGUAUUGAAUGUGGAAAGAGUUUCAAUCAGCAAAGUAUUCUGAAAUCCCACCAGAGCAUUCACAAAGGUGAGAGAUUAUUUGGCUGUGAUAUAUGUGGUAAAAGUUUCCGUCGUGCACAUGGGCUCAAGAAACACCAAAUAGUCCAUACAGGGGAGAAAGCAUUUCACUGUGAUGUUUGUGGGAAGCGUUUCAGUAUUAUAGGCAACCUAAAUAGACACCAGCGCAUUCACACAGGUGAGAAACCAUUUACCUGUGAUACAUGUGGGAAGAGUUUCAAUCAAAGUAACACCCUUAAAGCCCACCAGCGUAUUCACACAGGAGAGAAACCGUACAGCUGUGUGACGUGUGGGAAGUCCUUCAAUCAGAAGAGCAGGGUUAAAUCUCACCAGCGCAUACAUGCAGAAGAGGUCCCCUGCACUUGUAUUGUUUGUGGAGUGAGUUUCAGCUCCACGCGCUCCCUUAAAGCUCACCAGCAAGUUCAUGCCGGAGAGAAGCCGUUCAAGUGCGCUGUGUGCGGAAAGUCUCUCGGUUCCACAAGCUCUCUAAAAGCACAUCAGCAAAUCCACACAGGAGAAAAACCAUACAGUUGUACUAUAUGUGGAAAGGGCUUCGGGGCCUCCAGUUAUCUAAAAAUUCAUGAGCAAAUUCACACUGGGCAGAAGUCAUUUAGCUGCAAGCAGUGUGGGAAGAGCUUUACUCAGCCGAGCAGUCUUAAGACACAUCAGAGCGUUCACACAGGAGAGAGACCAUUUAGCUGUGAUGUUUGUGGGAAGAGUUUUAGUGUUUUAGGUAAUUUAAAUAGGCAUCAACGAAUUCACACAGGAGAGAAACCUUUCAGCUGUGCCAUUUGUGGCAAGUGCUUCAAUCAAGGGAACAGUCUUAAAGCCCAUCAGCAAAUCCACACCGGAGAGAAGCCAUAUAUGUGUGAUAAAUGUGGAAAGAGUUUCUCUUAUUUAAGAAACCUUAAAGAACACAAAUGUGUUUAUGGCUGAAGUCUGUCCAAAAUGACCAGUUGGGUUAAAUACCAUAUGUGGCAAAUGCUUACAAACCACUGAAGACUAUAUGAGAAGUACAUUUGAGCUGUAUGUACAGAAAAGUAAGAACCUUUAUGUUGUGAUUUGUUUAUUUAAAACUCAAGUUUUCUCAGUUUAUGUAAUGAAACACAAACUAUGUUCGAGCAUAAACACACAAUGUUAUCGAUUAUUUAACUGCCUAACUCGAGUAAAAAUUACUUGUGCA